AUGUCUGACUUCGCUCUGGAGGAAACGCUGGAGGCCGACUGGGUGGCCGUGAGACCUCACGCCUUCCAGGAGCGGGAGAAGCAAAAAUUCGUCUUCAUCAUGGCCUGGAAUGAGAUUGAGGGCAAGUUUGCUAUCGCUUGCCACAACCGCAAGGCACAGUGGCCCCGCAGCUCGGAGGACAGAGCCGCCCCCAAGGCCGGCAUCCCUAUGCUGAGCAGCGGCCCGGGCUCCGGCCUGGCACGCGGCUCCUCACAUUUCCGUGCCGAGGUGGGGCUGCGGGGCUCUGAGCGGGGUGCGAUAGCCGAGGCGCUGUCGCAGAGCCCACUGCGCGCCAAGAGCAGCCCAGCCUGAAGGCCGUUGCGGGGUCCGGAGGUGGCAGGUGUCGCUGAAGAAAAGAUAGAAGUGCUGGGGAAGGAGGAGAAGGUUGCCUCGUCGCUGCCGCCCUCGCCGCUGCAUGCAGCCGAGUCGGCCGCUCCCGACGCAGAGCCCGUGGGGGAGGAGUGCAGCUGGGCCGGCCUCUUCUCCUUCCAAGACUUGCGGGCUGUCCACCAGCAGCUGUGCUUGGUGAACUCGGAGCUGGAACCUUACCUACCUGCCUUCCCCGAGGAGUCUUCGGGCGUGUGGAUGGUGCUCUUCAGCGCUCCGGAGCUAUCCGAGCAGGAGAUGGACGCUCUCUGCUACAAACUGCAAGUUUACUUGCUCCAUAGCUUGGAUAUCUGUGGCUGGAAGAUUCUUUCACAGGUGCUCUUCACUGAGACUGACGACCCCGAAGAGUAUUACGAGAGCCUAAGUGAGCUGCGACGAAAGGGGUACGAGGAGGUGCUGCAGUGGGCCUGCAGGAGAAUCCAGGAGCUUCUGGAAAAACAUAAGAAUAUGGAAAGCAUGGUAGAGCUGCUUGAACUGUAUCAAAUGGAAGAUGAAGCCUGUAGUAGUCUUGUGGAAGCUACCAGGGAGCUGUACCAGUACUUAUUACAGCCAUUUCGAGAUAUGAGGGAACUUGCGAUGCUUAGAAGACAGCAGAUAAAGAUCUCUGUAGAGAAUGACUUUCUAGGCCCCAGAAGAAUUGAGAGUCUGCAAAAAGAAGAUGCUGAUUGGCAGAGAAAAGCCCACAUGGCUGUGCUUUCUAUUCAAGAUCUUACCGUUAAAUACUUUGAAAUAACAUCUAAAGCACAGAAAGCUGUGUAUGAUUGCAUGCGAGCAGACCAGAAAAAAUUUGGUAAGGCAGCAUGGGCAGCAGCAGUGGAACGUAUGGAAAAGCUUCAGUAUGAAGUUUCUAAGGAGACUUUGCAGUUGAUGCGUGCUAAAGAAAUCUGUUUAGAGCAGAAGAAACAUGCACUGAAGGAGGAGAUGCAGAGUCUGAAAGGUGGUACAGAAGCCAUAGUCCAUUUGGACCCGUUAGAAGCUGAUUAUUAUGAUAUACAGCUUCAGUUAUAUGAAGUGCAGUUUGAGAUCUUGAAAUGUGAAGAGCUGCUGGUGACAACACAACUUGAAAGCAUGAGAAGGCUGAUGUCAGAGAAGAGAGAUGAAGUAGUAUAUUAUGACACUUACGAAAGUAUGGAAGCCAUGCUUGAAAAAGAGGAUAUGGCAACAUCUGUAUACUUGCAAAAAGAGGAGUUGCAAAAGUUACAACAAAAAAUCUGCCAGCUGGAAGCAAGGCAUGGACGCAUUUCAGCCAAGAAAGCCUACCUCAGAAAUAAGAAGGAGAUCUGUAUUGCAAAGCAUAAUGAAAAGAGCCAGCAACAUCACCAGAGUGAGGAGGAAUACAAAAUGUACCAUACUGUUCAGAUAUGGUACCCUGGGCAAGUAAUGCUUAAAUCAACCAAACUACAACUGGCUCAUGCAAGAAGAAAAUGUGCUACCAGUUCAGUGUUCUGUGUAGAUCAGCCUUAUUCUUUGCCAGCAACCAUACAAACCCAAGAGAAAAGUGAAGAGGUGGAAUUGGAAAAUGCAGUUCAGCCUUUGCAAGUGCAGGAACCCACAAGCUUAGAACAACUUCAAGAUAUCUCAUUACUUCCCAAUGGCAUUACCUCUGAACUGCCUCAUGUCAGUAUUUCUCCACUCACCAGUAAUGAGUUUCAGCCAGAGACAGUUACCAUAGUACCACUUCCACCCCCUUUGCCUCCACCACCUCCACCUCUGCUUCCACCUUUGCCCUCCAAGGAAGAUGACACCAAAUCCUUAGAGAAAAGUGACAGCUUUGUUAAACAUCAGAGUGAGGAGAAGGGAGUCCAGCACUCUUCCAGUGUCCCAAUAGCGCAUCUGUUUGACAGCACUCAGCUAGUCAGUGCCAAGAAGAAGCUUAAGAAGACCAGUGAUCUAGAGGGUUUACACAGGAGGAGAGUGAGUUCCCCAAUGGAUGAAGUGGUGGCUUCCUUGAAGCAUGGCAGCUUUCACUUAAGAAAAGUUGAGCAGAGAAGUCUCCCUCCUUUUCCCAAUGAAGAUGAUAGCAAUAACAUCUUGGCACAGAUCAGGAGAGGGGUGAAACUGAAGAAAGUGCAGAAAGAUGUUUUGAGAGAAUCCUUUACAGUUCUUCCUAAUACUGACCCUCUGACAAGGAGCAUCCAUGAAGCAUUGCGAUGAAUUAAGGAAGCAUCACCUGAAUCAGAGGAUGAAGAGGAGAGUUUGCCUUGUGCAGACUGGGAAAAUUAACCUGUA